AUGGUUCUCAAAGCCUCUGAGAAAAGCUCCUUAAAGCGUGGGAGGAAUUCUACUGGCGAAGAGUACGAUACCAAGAAGCCGCGUCGCUCCGAGCGUAUAUCAUCGCAGACGCAGACGACUCCUCUCAAAGACAAAGUAAAAUCCUACCUCCCGUCGCCCCUGACGCAUCAAGAGAGUACAAGAUCAGAGGACUACAAGGACGUCACAGCAUCGCCACCAGAAGGCCGCCCCAGUCAGAUCCGGCAUCGAACCCCUCCGGCCUCAUCUCCCGCUCAAAACACGCAAGGAUUAUCCUCUCCUCCGUCAGAUACGCAAGCUUUCUCGCAAUUUCUUAUCCCUCCCCGAGGGCGCUCGUUUGAAGUGGAGGAUGAAGAAGCCGAAGGCGUCUGGGGUUAUUUGGUACCCGUGGACCCUAUCUUUGGUGAUACCUUGAUUUGCAGGGCAAGGGCAGCAUGUCCAGCACCAUACCCGAAUGCGCAUUUCGGCAAAGGUACCAAGGAUCGCGGCAAGACUCGAACGGAAACCCUCAACUACGUUGAUGAAGAGAAGCAAUACGAAGCUGAGAAACGCUUGAAAGGAUUUCCCGGGGGUGGUUAUCUCAUUGGGAGACAUCCAGAAUGCGAUCGCAAGCUGGAGCUUCCUACAAUCUCAAAUCGCCAUUGCAUUGUCUUCAAUGAAAGCAAAAACGGCAAAGGUGUGGCCUUCAUAGAAGACCUUUCGAGCAACGGAACCUUUGUGAAUGAGGCCAUCGUUGGAAGGAACAAGCGCCGAGAGCUAGAGAAUGCGGACGAGAUCUCUAUCCUGGAUCAAGCAAGAUGCAUGUUCUACUACCCGCGAAACAGAGAUGCUAGUGCCUUUCGUCAGCAAUAUAAAAUCUUGCAGCAGUUAGGCAAAGGCCACUUCGCUACCGUAUACCUAUGCAUUGAGCGGAUCACAGGCAUGCAGUAUGCAGUGAAAAGGUUUGAAAAGAGAUACGGGGACAGCGGGAGAUCGCAGACGGAUGGGUUGCAGCAAGAAAUAGGUGUAUUGAAGUCUGUCAGCCAUCCAAAUAUGCUAUGUUUAAAGGACACUUUCGACGAAGACGACGGCGUUUAUCUGGUGCUUGAGCUUGCACCCGAAGGAGAAUUGUUCAACUGUAUUGUCAUGAAGCAAAAGUUGACGGAAGAAGAAAGUCGAAGAGUAUUUAUACAGUUGUUUCAAGGUGUCAAAUACCUCCAUGAACGCAACAUUGUACACCGAGAUAUCAAGCCAGAGAAUAUCUUGCUGGCAGACAAGGAGCUGUCAGUGAAGCUUGCCGACUUCGGUCUAGCUAAGAUCAUCGGCGAAGAGUCGUUCACUACAACGCUAUGCGGCACGCCCAGCUACGUUGCACCUGAAAUACUGGAGAACUCAAGGCAUCGCAAAUACACUAGAGCAGUCGACGUAUGGUCGUUAGGGGUGGUUCUCUACAUCUGUCUAUGUGGCUUCCCACCAUUUUCAGACGAGCUCUGGUCGGAAGAGCACCCCUUUACUCUAUCACAGCAGAUCAAAAUGGGCCGUUUCGACUAUCCUUCACCGUACUGGGACUCUGUUGAGGAUCCAGCGCUCGACCUCAUCGAUCGUAUGCUUACAGUCGACGUAGACCAACGCAUCACAAUAGACGAAUGCCUCGAACAUCCAUGGACGACGCAGAAAACGAUCAAUCCUGCUGACAGCACCGACGGUCUAACAGGUGCUAUGGACCAGCUUGACUUUUCGAAACGCAAGUACGCGCGGGAGCGGACUUUACUCAGCGAUCUCAACGAUGUCAAGGUCAGCAAGGUAGUCGAGUGGGAGGAUAACAAAGCCCCAGUCAAGGUCUUUGAAAAAAAUAUCGAGGGGAAAAGGGUCCACAAUCCUGCCACCGUGAUUGCGAAUGGCCAUACAGGGCGGAAACAUGAGGAGCUUCCGGCGGCGCAUCAGCCAGCGGAAGUUUUCAUGGAGAUGGGUGGAAAGGGGGAUCAGCAGCUUUUCGAGAACGACAAAGGCAGCCGUUAUGAGCCUGACGAGGUGCCCAGAUAA